AUGGACCUGUCUUUUGCACCUGAUAACAUUAGAACUAACAAGAGGUCAAAUGCCCAUCAGACAAAUGAGAGACGAAUGAGUGUCCAGUCUUUUCUUAAAAACUCCAGUGAUGGACUAGCCAUGCUUCUGGAGGUCGAAAGGAUUGUAGACAAAAGGAAGAAUAAAAAGGGCAAAUGGGAAUAUCUCAUACGGUGGAAAGGUUAUGGAAGCAACGAAGACACAUGGGAACCAGAACAUCACUUAUUGCACUGUGAGGAAUUCAUUGAUGAAUUCAAUGGACUACACGUCACCAGGGAAAAGCGCGCUAAACACGGGAAACAAGCCAACGUGCCCAAAUUUUUACGAGAAAGCAGGGGGUCAUCCCUGGACAAGAUAACCCACAGACCCUCAGACUCUGGGAAAAGCAAAGGACUCUCCCAUAAAAGGAAGCGCAUGACCUCCACCUUUCAAAAGCCAAAAAAAAGCUACGGAGCGAAACCGGCCUCUUCAAACGACAGAGCUGCUAAAACCGUAUCGUACCGGACUACGCCGAGUGGCUUGCAAAUCAUGCCCCUGAAAAAGCCACACAACGGCUUGCCGAAUGGAGAUGCCCCUUUCGAGAAGGAUUCUGCUCACUUGGGGAAUGGCUCCCAAAAGGCCAGCGAGGAGCUAAAUGAAGCUGAAGGAGAAGCCAAUUUGCCCGGCGUUCUCGAAGUCAACAACGAGACGCCCAUCAUGAAUGGUAUCGGUUCCUCUCUUGAAAAUGGAGGCCUGAAUCUUCAUACCACUGUGAAACGGAAACUGGAGAGUGAAAAGGGUUACGUCUUCGAUAAGAGACUCAGGUACAGCGUGCGUCAGAAUGAAAGCAACUGUCGGUUUAGAGACAUUGUUGUACGCAAAGAAGAUGGAUUCACACACAUCCUCCUGUCCAGUCAGACCUCAGAUAACAAUGCACUGACUCCAGAGAUUAUGAAGGAGGUCCGAAGAGCCCUAUGCAACGCGUCUGCUGAUGACAGCAAGCUCCUGCUGCUCAGUGCCGUAGGCAGUGUAUUUUGUAGCGGCUUGGACUAUUCCUACCUAAUUGGAAGGUUAUCCAGCGACCGACGGAAAGAAAGCACCCGGAUCGCUGAGGCUAUAAGGGAUUUUGUGAAAGCCUUUAUUCAGUUUAAGAAGCCCAUUGUGGUUGCCAUCAAUGGUCCUGCUCUAGGCUUGGGAGCUUCAAUUUUACCACUCUGUGACAUUGUUUGGGCAAGUGAAAAGGCCUGGUUCCAAACGCCCUACGCAACCAUUCGGCUCACUCCGGCGGGCUGUUCAUCGUACACAUUUCCACAGAUAUUGGGUGUUGCACUGGCCAAUGAGAUGCUGUUUUGUGGAAGGAAGCUGACGGCGCAAGAGGCCUGCAGCAGAGGGCUUGUCUCCCAAGUCUUUUGGCCCACCACAUUUGGACAGGAAGUGAUGUUGAGGGUAAAAGAAAUGGCGUCCUGCAGUGCCGUGGUUUUAGAAGAAUCGAAAUGCCUGGUUCGAGGUUUUCUAAAAUCUGGCCUUGAAGAUGUGAAUGAGAAAGAAUGUCAGAUGUUAAAGCAGCUCUGGAGCUCUUCCAAAGGACUAGAUUCGUUGUUCAGCUAUCUCCAAGACAAGAUCUAUGAAGUUUGA